GAAGGAUUCAGCAUUAACCACGAAACGCAAGCUGAAAGUACACUGACACAGCUCAGCUACUACCCCUCGAAUCCUCCAAUCUAUGCUCCACAAAAAGUCCGAGCUAGCUCAGUCAGAGCCGAUGGCAUGUCUUGAUGCAUCGAUUGUUUGUAGCCGUUUAACUGCUUGCAAUGUCCCAGUGCUCACACUGUAAAGAGGUGCUCGCGGCCAGUCCGAGCUCGAUGGCCUGUAGGGCUAGUACAACCUCUGCACACGUCUUCAUCAAUGGAAGAUGGUCCUCGAAGGUGGUGAGUUUCACCUUGGAGCUGGACGCCUCCAACGAGGAUCCACAAUAUGAUGUCCUGCUGGUGAAAAGCACCUUCUUGGAGUUUAGCGAUGGUCUAAGCCUUCAAGACAGAUUCCGUCAAAUCCGCAAGGCCCUCACAGAUCCCAUCUUUGACAAAGAGACCUACAUUCAAAUCUAUGAGCCAGGUAUCGACUUCUUCCGCUUUAAGGAGCCCAUGGAGCCGAUGAACAUAGAGCUCAACUUGCUCAAUUCUCCAGUUCCUUCCCUUUGUGACAAGGAAGAGGACUUCGAGGACGGUGGAAGGAUGGAUGCGCUUUCUCAGAACACCAGCGCUCCCAGUGCUCAGCAGGCUGCUGAGGAUACAUGCGGCAAGGCAAAGGCCAAGCGGCCAAAGACAACGGUGAUGCUGAGGAAUUUGCCGAACAAUUACACAAGGUCAAUGCUGGCACACUUGCUGGAUGAACGUGGCUUCACAGCGAAGUACGACUUCCUUUACUUGCCUAUCGACUUUGAUCGCAAGGCCAACUUGGGAUAUGCCUUCGUGAACUUAGUGGCUGAGGACGUGGUUGAGGAAUUCUGGAGAACGUUCGAUGGCUUUGACUCCUGGUCUUUUCCAUCCUCAAAGGUGUGUCAAGUAAGCUGGAGUGGCCCAAAACAGGGCUUAAAGGCCCAUUUGGACCGGUACAAAAACAGCCCGGUGAUGCACAAGAGUGUCCCGGACGAGUACAAGCCCAUUCUUCUUUCGAAUGGCGUGCGCAAGCGCUUCCCUGCGCCCACAAUCCGAGUCCAGCACCCCAAGAAAGCUGGAAAGCACGUAUAGCAAAACAUUGCAGCAAAGACCUUUGAUCCCAGCCGGUGGAUGUGCCAUGGCCGAACAGAAUGGCUGGGUCCUGGCGCACUUGUAAAGUUGCCAUAGGCUAGGGACUAAUCUGGAAUUUGAGUGACUCCUUUUUGGUGAGUCGCGCUUUCCCGUUCAGCCGAGGCUAGGGAC